GCCUUGGAGACUGCACCAGAAUGCAUUGGAUCUGCAUUCUGGUGCAGUCUACAAUGCAGAUCCAAUGUAGAAUGCCAGAUCAAAGCUGGUUUUUCUCUGAUUCUACGAUAAGUCCUCCACGAAGACUAUCAAAAGUGGGAAAGUUGGAGCUUGAAAAUGUCUGUAUGUCACUUCCGAGAAGGAGACUGGGAGGUUUACAUCGGUCGACAUUCGGCUGGAGCACAGCGGGCUGGAAUUCCGGCUUCUGCCUGCAUAUGGGGGAAUCCUUUCAGCAUGCAGAAUGAGAGAGAUGAGCGGGAGCGCGCUGAGGUUGUGAAGAAGUACGAGCGAUGGCUUCUUGACCCCGAGCGAGACGCGCUGGUACAAAGGGCGAGGAGGGAACUCAGAGGCAAAAAGUUGGCAUGUUGGUGUAAGCCAAAGCAAUGUCACGGAGAUGUGCUGGCUUGGGUUGCCAAUGUCAAUUCCCUGGAUGAGAUUAACGGCAGACGGAUAGAGUUGAGAAUGAAGGAGGUUAGUUACGGUGAUGCGUAACAGGUGGGAAGCCGGACUUCAUCCAGACUCAUCCUCUACGAGCUAACUGUCGAAGAUUGAAUCAUAGCGUUGGGCAGAUCUCAUCUAAGAAACUUCAGAGGUGUUCAAUCAAAGGCUCUCUGUCGUGCCGACAGAAUGACUCCUGAAACCCAUGUCACUAUCAUCGUCGUUGCUUUCGCGUUUCAUAUCAUUUCUUUGGCGGCAGUGGGGGCUGGCUCGAUUCCAAUAUAAUUGGGAUCAUGCUAGGCAGAUUUUUGUCAUUUUCAGUCAUUCCUGACACUGCUGGGUUGAGUGGCAGAAUGUUGGUUUGCAUUUCGUUUCCAAUACUUGGUUCUCACAUUAUACACCACGACACGAGGAACCGAUACGAGGUGCGUACAUCAUUCGUGUAACUUCUCGAAUCUGUAAGUCCAUGUUGUCUUAUCCGAGAUCUGGCCCGAGUGCACAUCUAUUUGUACCAGGGGUUCUCUUGCGCUAGUAGUCCAGUGAAGGCUAAGAAUUAUCUGAAAUGUUAGAAUUAGGGCUGAUUCAGAUACG